ACCUAAACCAUUUCCUCUGUGUUCUGCUGUUCUCCCUGUAGCACGGAACAGAGGAUUCAAAUAACUAGCGGCAUCAGACACAGAUUCUGCCACAAUUCAAUUUUCAACUGUUGUGCAGAACAGGAAUAUCCCUGUGCAAUGAAAAUAAUAAUAUACCAGAUUCUUUUGCUGCAGUGGAGUUUGAGAUUGAUGGUACUGGCGAGGCAAUAGCAAAUGCUGCUAUUGAUGACAACAGAGAAGGUGAAUCUAUGGAACCAGAUUACAGACAAGACGAAGGUGAUAAUGUUCCUCAAGAUUCCUCUGGGAUCACAAUCCCAUUUGCAAUUCCCACAGUAUCGGUUGCUGCAGUCGAAGAGCCUUAUGUGGGUCAGGAAUUUGAGUCAGAAUCAGCAGCACACGCAUUUUACAAUGCAUAUGCCACAGAGGUUGGAUUCAUCGUGCGUGUGAGUAAACUCUCACGAUCAAGGCGCGAUGGAACUGCCAUUGGACGUGCUCUUGUCUGCAACAAAGAAGGUUUCAGAAUGCCUGACAAGCGUGAGAAGAUUGUGAGGCAAAGGGCUGAGACCAGGGUUGGUUGCCGAGCAAUGAUCAUGGUGAGAAAAGUUAGUUCUGGCAAAUGGGUCGUUACAAAGCUUGUAAAAGAACACACACAUCCUUUGACUCCUGGUAAAGGCAGAAGAGAUUUCGUCUAUGAACAAUAUCCGAAUGAACACGACAAAAUUCGGGAACUAUCUCAGCAGUUGGCAACUGAGAAAAAACGAUCUGCAACCUAUAAAAGGCAUCUUGAACUGAUAUUUGAGCACAUUGAAGAGCAUAACGAGAGUCUUUCAAAGAAAAUACAGCACAUAGUAGACAGUGUGAGGGAGAUGGAAGCCAAAGAACAACAGAGUCAACUCCAAUGAUAGGUUGAACUUGUGAUGUAAUAGUUUUGGUGGGUAGAAGAAACUAGUUCAGUGAAUAUGUAUAGGUUCUUUGAGUCCAUUCUUGUGGAGCAUCAUCAUCAAUGUAAUAACUCCUCAGAGAAUCUCAUUCUUCCAUUUUGCUGAUAUUUCUUUGUAUAUAUGUUAAAUAAUAUAAUUUUUAAUC